CUUAACUGAGUUAACUCAAGAAUCAGUCUGAAGGCAUCAGCGGCUCUGCGCAAUACCGAAGAAGUGAAUCGCGAUUCGCGACCAACGGAGUCGCGGCCUCCGAUUCUUCGAGCGAAGCCGAAGACGCACCGCACUGCUCCACGGCUCCACCACCAGGGCCCUUUUAUGUUACAGUUCCGACCUACACCUCCAAACGUAGAACAAAAAUAAACUCCUUUUCCUUUACCCUUGCUUCUCAACCUGGUUUUUGGCACUCUGCGUCCGUGUUAGCUACAAACUCCUCUCCCUCUUUGAGUGAGUGAACGGGUGACUGGAGAAAACACAGUGACCCUGGCAGUUGUUGACAUCAAAGCACUCACGGGUCCUCUCAUGGUGCAAUUCAUUUUCUGCUAGUUUAACUGGAAAGUAUCCAAAGAAGUGUGAAGUUUCCGUGUAAUAAUGAGCAUAGUUCCGAAAGAGACAAUAGAGGUGGUGGCACAGAGCAUCGGAAUAAGCAAUUUGUCUUCAGAAGUCCAGGUGGAACUUGCAGGCGAUGUUGAAUAUCGUCUCCGAGAAAUAAUGCAGGAGUCCAUAAAAUGCAUGAGACAUUCAAAGCGGACGAUCUUAACUGCUGAUGAUGUGGAUGGAGCGCUUAAAUUACGAAAUGUUGAGCCUAUAUAUGGGUUUGCGUCUGGGGAUCAUUUGCAAUUCAAGAGAGCUGUGGGACAUAAGGAUUUGUUCUACAUUGAAGAGAAGGAUUUAGAUUUCAAGGAUGUGAUUGAGGCUCCUCUGCCAAAAGCUCCAUUAGAUACUGCAUUAGUAUCUCAUUGGUUAGCUAUAGAAGGAGUGCAACCUGCUAUUCCUGAAAAUCCUCCUCAAGAAGCACUUACAGCACCCCAGGACAAUAAAGCGAUGGUGUAUAAAGAAGAUGGAGGUUCAAUUGACCUCAAGUUACCUGUAAAGCAUGUUCUAUCCCGUGAACUUCAGCUAUACUAUGAAAAAAUUACAGAUUUGGCAGUGAAUAAGCCCAACUCUAUACUCAUGAAAGGAGCACUAGAGAGUUUGGCAACCGAUUCUGGGCUUCAUCCUUUAGUUCCUUACUUCACAUUUUUUAUUGUUGACGAGGUCUCAAGGAACUUGAAUAACUUAUCACUUUUGUUUGCUUUGAUGCGGCUUGUUUGGAGCCUUCUUCAGAACCCUCACAUUCAUAUAGAACCAUAUCUGCACGAGUUGAUGCCACCUGUAAUGACUUGCCUUGUUGCAAAAAGACUGGGUAAUAAAUUUUCGGACAAUCACUGGGAGCUUAGAGACUUCACAGCCAAGUUGGUUGCUUUGGUUUGCAAAAGGUAUGGUCAAGUGUACCACACUCUCCAGCUCAAGGUGACACGUACUUUGCUGAAUGCAUUUCUCGAUCCAGCAAAGGCACUACCUCAGCAUUAUGGUGCAGUACAAGGGCUAACUGCCCUUGGACCCAGUGUGGUACGUUUACUUUUACUACCGAGUCUUGAGGCUUAUAUAAAACUACUGGAGCCAGAAAUGCAGCUAGAGAGCCAAAAGAAUGAGAUGAAGAGGCAUGAAGCUUGGAGAGUGCAUGGUGCUUUGGUGGGUGCAGCUGGCUUAUGUAUCUAUGAUCAGCUUAACUUUACUUUACUGCCCUCGCCUGCACAUGCUGUUCUGAAGAGUAGGAUGAAAGUUUUAGGCACUUCAAUGUCAGGUAAGCGUAGAAUGGGGGAGAACAUGACGAUGCCACAACAACCACCAGCAAAGAAGUUGAUAACCGAUGGAGGAACAUCAUUGCAAGCGGGCCCCACUGAUUCCCCCGCGCCCACUUCGCCGCCAGGUGAGAGCUUGCCAAGAGUCAACAGACGAAGACAGCAUAAUACCAGUAGUCAAGCUUCAAAGGGCGAUCAUCAUCAUCAUCAUCAAGGCUUGCUGAAGAAGGGCGACAUCGACAUUGCGCAUCUGAUGCCUUUUCUGUUCGACUGCUUCGGUGACAGCAUCUCACCCUUCACCCUUGCACCGCAGUUGUCCCUCUUCCUAUGACCCACUAAUUACAUCUCUUUUAAUCUUUUAUUUUAUUUUUUCUUUUACACUGUUUGGUUCAAGAAUUUGGAAGAAAAAGAAAAAGAAUAUGAGAUGGAGAAGAUACUAAUAUCAAUCAUUAUCGAUUUCAAGCAUUAUCUUGCUGUUUGGUUCAAGCAUUAUCUUACAGGUACCAUUAUACCAUCAUUUAUACUAAUAUUAUUCU